AAACUGCAAUUGCAUCCAACAAGUUUGUAGAUACAUAAGCUUGAUGUAGUCAUUGUGUGCUAGGAGUAUGGGACCAAAUACUAAACGAAAUACACUAUAAGUGAUGGGGUGACUAGAUACAAAAAGUGCAUUCAUUUCUAAACGAUAAAACAGAUAUGUAUGAAAGCACCUAAAAUAAAAGGUGAAAUUCUGUACUGUCGCCUCAUACACUACAUGGCCAAAUGUAUGUGGACACCUGCUUUUGUGGCCUGCCAUUUUGCAGCUGAGCCAUUGUUGCUCCUAGACGUUUCCACUUCACAAUAACAGCACUUACAGUUGACAGGGGCAGCUCUAGCAGGGCAGACAUUUUACGAACUGACUUGUUGGAAAGGUGGCAUCCUAUGACGGGGCCACGUUAAAGGUCACUGAGCUCUUCAGUACGGGUAAUUCUACUGCCAAUGUUUGUCUAUGGGGAUUGCAUGGCUUUGUGCUUGAUUUUAUACAUCUGUCAGCAACGGGUGUUGCUGAGCCAAAUCCACUAAUUUGAAGGGGUGUCCACAUACAUAUGGCCAUGUAGUGUAUAAAACAUUUGUUCUCAAAUCCAAAAUGUCCGAGUAUAGAGCCAAAUAAAAAGUUUUAUCUUCACUGCCCAAAUAAAUAUGUAGGGGAGUGUACACCUAGCUGAUGAUUAACCAGUAGCUGGCAAACUGAAUGUGACAGACAUUUAGCCUUUUGAAGUGGCAUGUGGCACAUAAGGACAUGUACCCAUGGCUGGCCAUAUGCAAUAUCAAAAGGACCACGGAUACUUAACAGCCUGUGCUCAUCCCACAAAGUCUAUUCGCUUUCCAAUGUUGCAUCUUACAGAACAACCAAUUAUUCUGUUGAAUGUUCUGAUUGCAUAACAUUUUAAAUGUGAAAAUCAUCUUUCUGUCUGGUUCUAUUCAAAUUGUACUCAUAGAGCCUUCCUUAUCUCUGCUACUAUUCUUUAGUACUCUUGGUAUGCCCUUGAAUAUAGGCCAGGGUCUGUGAGAGAAACGGCCACCUGUGAUGUUAGAACUAGUACCUGAAAAGUACAACAACUUUUUUCCCUCCUCUUCUUUGAGGUGUUGCAAAAAGUCUCAAUGAUCCUACCACUCUGACAAUCUGGCCAACAGCACAACUGUUUCAACACUAAACACUUUCUGUCCAAAGUCCCAAGGUUGAGACAGCUGCAGCUGUGACUUAUUCCAAUAACUAAAUGUCCCAUGAUGACAUUGGCAUGAGGAAUGGGAUAAACGCAUGCUCUGAGUACCUGGUAGAAUGUAAGGGGAGUUUGUGAUAAGAUGAGGCAUGAUGGGGCAGGAGAGUUUGGGGUGGGGCAUCAGGCACGAGAGACUUGGAAAGGGGGCAGGGCAGGGUGGAGGGAUAUCAGUUGAGAUAAAGGUAUAAAUGUAGAGAAUCGCGGAGUGCACAUGUCCAGUCUGGUAAAUGAAGACUUGUCUCAGCAGCACGAUGAUUGGCCUGAUUGUACUCACACUCCUGGGGGCUGCAGCGGCAGCUCCUAUGGAUGACAGGAUUGUGGGGGGUUAUGAGUGUGAGGCUCACUCCCAGCCCUGGCAAGCCUCUCUUAACAUCGGCUACCACUUCUGUGGUGGCUCCCUCAUUAACGACCAGUGGAUCAUCUCUGCCGCCCACUGCUGGAUGAAUCCUUGGAGUCAGCUUGCCAUCCUGGGUGACCACCACAUCUGGGAGCACGAAGGAACGGAGCAGUACAUGUCUGUGGACGCCAUCUACUGGCACCAGAGCUAUGACUACCAGACCCUGGACCACGACAUUAUGCUGUUGAAGCUGGCACACCCUGUCACUCUCAACAAGUUUGUCAAGCCCAUCGCCCUGCCCACAGCCUGCCCCAAGGCCGGUGACAUGUGUGUGGUGUCUGGAUGGGGAAACAUCUACACCGACUCGGUGUUCAACCCAUUUAACCUGCAGUGUGUGGACAUCCCCAUCCUGUCUAAGAAGGCCUGUGAGGAGUCCUACCCUGGCCAGAUUACUGAUACCAUGGUGUGUGCUGGAUACCUGGAGGGAGGCAAGGACGCCUGUCAGGGUGACUCCGGCGGUCCCCUGGUAUGUAACGGAGAGCUGCAUGGCAUCGUGUCCUGGGGUGUUGGCUGUGCCCAGCCCAACUAUCCUGGUGUCUACACCAAGGUCUGUGCCCUGCUGCCCUGGAUCCACGAGAUCAUCACCAACUACUAGCCUGUACCCUCCACACCAGAGUAGAGAGAGAGAGUGAGAGAGAGCUAGAGAGAGAGAGAGAGAGAGAGAGAAGGAGAAGGAGAAGGAGCUUGAGAGGGAGAGAGAGAGAGAAGGAGAAGGAGAAGG